CCAAGAAUGCGUUCGGGGGCACGCACCUCGAGCUGCGGCCCAAGUUCCUCCGGCCGUGCCCGGACGUGCGGGGCAAUGCGCUGGACGCCAUGGAAGUGGGCUACGAGAUGAGCGGCCGCACCGCCGUCGUCAUCGCGUUCAACACGACCAUCAACCGCCCGACGGAAAAGUGGUCCAAGAUUCGGAUGUCGGUGGAGCAGUGCGACCGCGACCAGGCCGUGUCCUCGACCUCGUGCACCCCCUACCGGACCAUCGACUUCUCCGACCCCUGCGGCAUGAUGUUGAGCCACUCCAUGCCCUGGGCCAGGGUCAUCGCCGACGUGCAGCCCAAGCUAAGGUGCCCCGUCGACAAGCUUUACGAUCCAUGUCCGCCAAGCACGGCUGCCACCGGACCCGGCCAGAGUCGCCGGGCACCAUGCAGAAUGGCGACGCCGCGGGUCAGCGGGCUGCUGCCGCUGCUGGCGGUGCUCGUCCUCGGCGCGUCCGCGGCCAGGAGGCUCACCGACAGCACGCACCUCGAGCUGCGGCCCGUGCACAUCCAGCCGUGCGUCGGCGACUUCGACAACGCCCUCAAAUCGCUGGACGUGGCCUUCGAGAUGCGCGGCCGCACCAGCGUCGUCUUCAACGUGAACAUGACCGUCAGCCGGUCGGUUGACAGGUGGGUCAAGGGCUACUCGAUCAUCGAGAAGUGCGACCAGACCGUGUCCGCCGACACUUGCACGACCUUCAGGGUGUUCGAGUCUGGCGACCUCUGCGGCAUGUUCAUGAACCGAGCCAUGCCCUGGGCGAAGAUCGUCGACAGCGUGACACCCAAGAUGGGUUGUCCCAUCAACAAGGGCACGUACAGGCUGACCAACGGUACGCUGUCCAUGGACCUGCUCAACGCCAUGAGCAGCACGCUCCGCCUGGAGGGUCCCGUGUGGCGGGCGCGCUCACACUGCGUCGACCCGCGGGGGGACGUCCAGUUCUGCAUGGACACCGCCGGCGAGCUGUUCCGAGUGCGGAACCGACCCAAUAAGGGCAAAGGCCUCUAGGGGGUGGGUGACGGGCGACAACAUCUCCAAUACACAAACAGGCCGGGCCGCGCGGGUGAGACUGAAAGAGCACUUCGAUUGUGAGAGAAUGAUCAAACAAAAAUAUAGCGAAGAGGCGAGAUGAUGA